AUGAAGAGUGUAAUUAUUCUCACUAGUGUAGCGGCUUUGGCACAGAGUGUGGCUAGCCAUGCUACAUUUCAAGAUCUUUGGCACGAUUGCCGGCCUAUAGCACUGACACUCCUCCACGGUGGCACCUGUGCGAGACUUCCGACGAGUAACAAUCCCGUUCAAGACGUGACAAGCAACAAUAUCCGAUGCAACAUCAACCAAGGCGUCGCGGCAUCAAAAUGCAGCGUAGCACCGGGCGACACUGUCACUAUCGAAAUGCAUCAACAGCCAGGUGACCGGUCAUGUGCGAACGAAGCCAUCGGUGGAGCGCAUUACGGACCCGUCCUCGUCUACAUGAGCAAAGUUAGUGAUGCAUCAACCGCCGACGGAUCAAGCAGUUUUUUCAAAGUCUUUGAGGAUACCUGGGGGAAGGCUUCUUCGACAUCGCAGGGCUCGGACGACUAUUGGGGAACGAAGGAUCUUAACCUCAACUGCGGAAAGAUGGAUGUCAAGAUUCCCACUAAUCUUGCCCCCGGCGACUAUCUCCUUCGUGCGGAAGCUAUCGCUCUCCACGCUGCCUCAUCGGCAGGAGGAGCCCAAUUCUAUAUUACUUGCUAUCAAAUCACUGUUACUGGUAGUGGUUCAUCGACACCUUCAGGAGUGUCUUUCCCCGGUGCCUACAAAGCGGCAGACCCAGGAAUUCAGAUCAACAUCUACCAGCCUCUUAGCACAUACGUUGCCCCUGGCCCAGCUGUCAUAUCUGGUGGAACAGAGGCUAUUGCUGGGAAGGCUGGCUCAGUCGUCACUGCAACAGGAGGAGCACAGCCUUCGGCCACCAAGGUCGCUGUGUCUUCCACCCUCGCUACAGCUGUGAAGCCCACGACUUCGAGCUCGAGCGGCAAUGGCGGAAACACUGGAGGAUGCGCUGCUAUCGCGAAGUAUGGCCAGUGUGGUGGGAAUGGGUACACGGGCUGCACGACGUGUGCUUCAGGAUCGACGUGCAGUGUUUUGAACCCGUAUUACUCGCAGUGCCAGUAG